AUGCGAGGACAACGACAACUACAAAAGCAGAAGCAAGCUCAAUUAACAGCUCAUCAAAAAAAACUAGUGUUUAGUAAUUUUCACUACACUAUAGAAUCGCUGGAAGAAUAUAUUGAAAAGGCUGGAAGAGGGGAAAAAAUUGUUGAACAAACUAGGGAAAUAAUUAAAGAUGUAAAAGUUGAUCCAAAGGAUUUGAUUAAAGUGGUUGGUGCUCUCCAAAAGCCUCUGAAUGAUAACAGAGACCAAGGAGAACUUCUUAAAGACAAGAACCAUAAAGAAAUAGAAAUUGAAAGCAAAUUUAAUGGUAAUUCUAGGCAAGAAAGACAGGAAGCCGAAAGGGCAGGUAGUAGCAUAGGGCAAACUGAUGAAGAAUUAAAAGCGUUUGCUACCAAAAUUCAAGCGUUUUACCGGAGUUAUCAGGCUCGUAAAAAAGUUCAGCAAUUACGAGAUGAAAGAACCCAACGCGAACAAAUUUAUGACAAUUUAUUGCAAGAAAUUAAGACUAGUGAUAGUCCAGAAGAAUUCUUGCUUGAUAAGUUUGAUUACAGUGGUUUGCGGGAUGGUAGGACACGGAAAAAAUUAGAAUUAGUUCAAAAAAAUCGGCGAACUGCUUUAGAAGAAGAGCAAAGAUUAAGUCAAGAAGAAGCUAAAAAAAGAGAGGCUAAAAGAAUUAUCCACGAAUGUCAAGAAGAGCAUAUUAAGAGAAUUGAAACUAAGUGGGCUAAUAAAGAGGAAGAAAAUCGCAAAUUUGCUCAUUGGCAUGAGGCGGCCAUUGUCUCCUUGAACAAUCACUUUAUUGAACAAACGGAAAAGGACAUCAAAAGCCAAACUAGCGAAACUUCUAUUAAGAAUAAACACGAUUAUCUACUAAAUCUGAUUGUUACGGAAAAAACAACUCAAAUUGCUCGUUGGCACGAGACUGCUAUUAAAGAGAGAAAGAUUAAAGACAAAUCUAUUAAAAAAGAGAUUAAUGAUGAGCGAGACCGCUUAAUUAAUUUAAUUAAGAAAGCUAAUUCCGUUUAUUCCGAAAAAAAUAAGUUAAAUAAAGAUUUGAAAAAACUUCUUAGUGGAAAAAGGACUAAAAAAUCAGCAAUUAGGCUUGAUAUUACUGGGCAUAGCGGAAAAGAAGUUCAUAAAGGGAUUACUGAUGAUAAAAGAAAUAAAGUUCUUGCUGAAUUAAAACAGCAAAAAGACCAAGUAAAAACCAAAGAUGAUUUUAAAAAUAAUGCUUACUUUAAAAAGAUAGGCCAGAAUGGAGAUAUAGUAAGGCAUUAUCUCCAAGAAAUAAUUAGAGAAAUUAAACUUAAUGAUACUUCAAAUAAGUUUAGUCAGGUAGUGAACUCGACUGACAUAGGAGUAAAGUUUAGCAAGGAUACCGAAAAAGUUUCGCAACAGAGUCAUAAUUUCUCUAAUGCUGAACAGAGUGCUGAUACUAACAAUCAACCAAUUUUUAAUCCACCAUCCGAGAAACCACAAUUAAAUCAUUCAAACAAAGUCGAUAGUGUUCCUAUUUCGGGUGGUUCUAUUACUUUCGUUGAUAAUAGUAAAAAAGAAAAAGAUUUGGCAAUUAAUUCGCCUACUUUGAAAAAACCUGCUGCAAAUGUUUCUCCUAAGGCAGUUGUUGAAAAAGACAAGGAGCAACAAAAACAAGUAAUCAAACAAAUUGUUAGUGAAAUAAUUGAAGAUUCUUCUAGCAAAGAAAGAAAUAUAAAGUUAUUGAGUAAAUUUGCCGAAGAAAUUUUAAAAAAUAAUAAAAGCGAGGAGAUUAUUAAAGAAGCUUUUGAGGAAGUUGCUGAAGAGCAAGGCUUAACUACAUUUCAUUAUGAUAGAAUUGGGGCGAAAAAGUUGUCUGAAUCACAACAUAUUCAACAACAUAUUCAACAACAUAUUCAACAAUUACAGAAGCCUUUGGAGGUAAAUACGAAUACGAUAGAUACUCGGUUACCAAUGAAAGUUGAAAAAGAUUUAACUCCUAUUUGA